AUGCGAUUAGGGGAGAAUCUGUUCCCCAGCUCAGGAUGGGGAAAAAGUUACGAGGUGCAAGGUCUGGUAGGUAACAUAUAUUUCUUUCUCUCAGAACCAACGCAGAUAUAUAGAUUUCUACGUACCCGGAAUCUCAUAGCACCAAUAUUUUUGCACAGAACUCUCACUUACAUGUCCCAUAGAAACUCCCGAACAAAUAUCAAAAGGAAAACAUUCAAAGUAGAUGACAUGUUAUCAAAAGUAGAGAAAAUGAAGGGAGAACAAGAAUCUCACAGCUUGUCUGCUCAUUUGCAACUCACGUUUACUGGUUUCUUCCAUAAAAAUGAUAAGCCAUCACAAAACUCAGAGAAUGAACAAAAUUCAGUAACCCUGGAAGUACUGCUUGUGAAAGUUUGCCACAAGAAGCGCAAGGAUGUCAGUUGUCCGAUAAGACAGGUUCCUACAGGUAAAAAGCAGGUGCCUUUAAACCCAGACCUCAGCCAAAUAAAACCAGGCAACUUUCCAUCGCUUGCAGUUUCCAGCAAUGAGUUUGAACCAAGCAACAGCCAUAUGGUGAAGUCUUACUCGUUAUUAUUCAGAGUAACUCGCCCAGGAAGAAGAGAGUUUAAUGGACUGAUCAAUGGUGAAGCCAAUGAAAACAUUGAUGUCAAUGAGGAACUUCCAGCUAGAAGAAAAAGAAACUCUUCAAAUCGUGAAGAUGGGGAGAAGACAUUUGUAGCACAAAUGACUGUGUUUGAUAAAAACAGACGCUUGCAGCUUCUAGAUGGGGAAUAUGAAGUGGCCAUGCAGGAAAUGGAAGAGUGUCCCAUUAGCAAGAAAAGAGCAACAUGGGAAACUAUACUUGAUGGAAAGAGGUUGCCUCCAUUUGAAACAUUUUCUCAGGGACCUACACUUCAGUUUACUCUUCGCUGGACAGGAGACACAAAUGAUAAAUCUACGGCUCCUAUAGCUAAGCCUCUAGCAACAAGAAAUUCUGAAAGCCUCCCUCAAGAAAAUAAGCCCAAUUCUGUUAAACCUACUCAGACUAUAGCUGUGAAAGAAUCCUUGCCAACAGAUCUUCAAACAAGGAGAGAGAGAGAUGUUUUAAAUGAACCGCGACAAAAAUUACGAAUAUUUUACCAGUUUCUUUAUAACAAUAAUACAAGACAACAGACUGAAGCCCGAGAUGAUCUGCACUGCCCAUGGUGCACACUGAACUGUCGUAAACUGUAUAGUUUACUCAAACAUCUGAAACUCUGUCACAGCAGGUUUAUCUUUAAUUAUGUUUAUCAUCCAAAAGGUGCUAGGAUAGAUGUAUCUAUCAAUGAGUGUUAUGAUGGCUCCUAUGCAGGAAAUCCUCAGGAUAUUCAUCGCCAACCUGGAUUUGCCUUCAGUCGCAAUGGACCAGUCAAAAGAACCCCUAUCACACACAUACUUGUAUGCAGGCCAAAACGUACGAAAGCAAGUAUGUCAGAAUUUCUUGAAUCUGAAGAUGGAGAAGUGGAACAGCAAAGGACAUACAGCAGUGGACACAAUCGGUUAUAUUUUCACAGUGACACGUGUUUACCUCUCCGUCCACAAGAAAUGGAAGUAGAUAGUGAGGAUGAGAAAGACCCCGAAUGGCUACGGGAGAAGACCAUUACUCAAAUUGAAGAAUUUUCUGAUGUUAACGAAGGAGAGAAAGAAGUGAUGAAAUUAUGGAAUCUUCAUGUUAUGAAGCACGGGUUUAUUGCUGACAAUCAAAUGAAUCAUGCCUGUAUGCUGUUUGUUGAAAAUUAUGGACAGAAAAUAAUUAAGAAGAACUUAUGUCGAAACUUUAUGCUACAUCUGGUCAGCAUGCAUGACUUUAACCUCAUCAGCAUAAUGUCGAUAGACAAAGCUGUGGCCAGGCUUCGGGAGAUGCAGCAGAAGUUAGAAAAGGGAGAAUCUGCUUCCCCAGUAGAUGAGGAAUCUUCUGAAGAACAAAGUGGGACGACAAAUGGAUUCAGUGAAAAUAAUAUGAGAGAGAGAAUUUCGGAAAUGGAUAGCAUCUCAGGUGUCACAAAACAGAGCAAGAAGCAGAAACUCUGAAGUCAAAACUGAAACGCCAUUCAACGGACAAACAUUGAAGUGACAUUCUAGGGUACAUGAGCUCUAUAAAGAAUUACACACAAUGCAGAGAUUCCAAACAGGCACUGCUGGAUGGAAAUAAAUGAUUUCAGCAAGGAUAUUGUUUUAACAGGGUUUCUAUUCAGUUAAUUAUGCAAGUACUACAUGUAUAUCGGUUUUGGUGAUGUAAUGACAAUAUUCUAAGAGUUUGAGCAUGAAGAGCAAUAUGAAAGUCUUUUUGUAAUUUUAGUAAUUAGUGUCUUAAGAACUUUAUGGAAUUUUCAUAAUUUAAGUAUAUGUAAAACAAUUUUUAUAUUAAGAUUUUUGCAUCUGUAUCUGGCUGUUUUUUCCUACCAUGAAGUUGUGGAAUAUUGGGGAAAAGGGGGUUGGGAUACAGUUUAUGCUUUUCUUAUUUAGAAAUUCUCCAGUUAGCUUUUUGUGAAAAUAACGUCUCACUAUUUAAAGUUUAACCUCGAUCCUUGUAUUUGAAAUCAUUUAUUAAUUUGAUCAUAAAUUACAAAUUAAAUC